CUGAAGGAGGAGACGCGAUCACCAGGAAAAAAUUGAGAGGGGGAAUCGUCCGAAAAAGAUAAGGCCCCUUCUACCGUUAGCUAAGAUUUUUUUAAUCUGUAGCUUGCUAGCUAGCUAACUGUUGACACUCAGCAUAGUGAAAAUAUCGUUACAUGAUGAUAAACAGAACAUUGCUAUUUUAAAGCACAUCAGCUAGUUCGCUAGCUGUAGAAAAUAUUUAAAAGGCAAAGGCGUGUUUUGAAUAUUUUUCAUGUUUUCCCUCGAUGCACGUUAGAGGGUUCUGAGAUAGCUAGCUAGCAGGCUAACUAAUGGACAAUUUUACAGGCGUGCUUGGUUGUUAUUCGGGCUCAUUUUGGGCUUGGUUCUUGGGCGGCUAGGCUAAAAGUAAGAAGACGGUACGGAUGUCGCGACAGUCCAGUUUGUCCCACUGUCUCUGGGACUCCAGGUGUUGAAACGCACACGACCAGAGGCGGAGGAGUGUCAAGACAGAGCGACGGCGACAGAAGGGGAAUCAGAACGCUACAUUGCUAACUAGCUAACAAGUUAGUGCGUGUUAGUGAAGUGUUAGAACUGAGCAACGAAAGCAGACGCUGGGCCCUCAGCCUUGCCCACUUGAACAUUGUCCCUGAUUCUCCUUUUUCCCGGUCAGCAGAGAUCUUUCAUACGGGUGCAUUCAGAGACUUCUCGGUUAGCAGGGACUACUUGAGAACGAGGCCCCCACUCCGUCCCAGCCCCCUUACUCUUCACCCCUUCUGCCCUGGUUUACGGAGGAGAUCGGGAUACAACAAAACAGUAUAGUGUGUAACAUCCCGUUAAAACCGGGAUUUCUAAAUAUAGAGGUGAUGACUUUAGAAUCCAUGAUGGCUUGCUGCCUGAGCGAAGAGGCGAAGGAGUCGAAACGAAUCAACGCCGAGAUCGAUAAGCAACUCCGCCGAGACAAGAGAGACGCGAGGAGGGAACUGAAACUGCUUCUGCUGGGCACAGGCGAGAGCGGCAAGAGCACCUUCAUCAAGCAGAUGCGCAUCAUCCACGGGACGGGCUACACGGACGAGGACAAGCGCGGCUUCACCAAGCUGGUGUACCAGAACAUCUUCACCUCCAUGCAGUCCAUGAUCCGGGCCACAGAGACCCUCAAGAUCCAGUUCAAGUAUGAGCAGAACAAGUCAAACGCCCUGUUGGUGAAAGAGGUGGAUGUAGAGAAGGUGGCAUCCUUUGACCCCCCCUAUGUCGCCGCAAUAAAGAUGCUGUGGACUGACCCUGGCAUCCAGGAGGCCUAUGACCGGCGGCGAGAAUACCAGCUGUCUGAUUCCACCAAAUAUUAUCUUAACGAUUUAGAGCGUAUAGCCUCGCCGGGGUACGUCCCCACCCAGCAGGAUGUUUUGCGGGUUCGAGUGCCCACUACUGGCAUCAUUGAGUACCCUUUUGACUUGGAGAAUAUAAUCUUCAGCUAUCUAAACGAUCUGGAUCGUAUCGCCGAACCAUCCUAUCUACCAACCCAACAGGAUGUGCUUAGGGUUCGCAUCCCUACUACAGGGAUCAUUGAGUACCCUUUCGACUUGCAAAGCAUCAUUUUCAGGAUGGUGGAUGUGGGCGGGCAGAGGUCAGAGCGCAGGAAGUGGAUCCAUUGCUUCGAGAAUGUCACCUCUAUCAUGUUCCUGGUGGCUCUGAGCGAGUACGACCAGGUUUUGGUGGAGUCCGACAACGAGAAUCGGAUGGAGGAGAGUAAAGCACUAUUCAGGACGAUAAUCACAUAUCCAUGGUUCCAAAACUCCUCAGUCAUCCUAUUCCUCAACAAGAAGGAUCUGCUGGAGGAGAAGAUUAUGUAUUCUCACCUGGUAGACUACUUCCCUGAGUUUGAUGGUCACCAGAGAGACGCUCAGGCGGCACGGGAGUUCAUCCUCAAGAUGUUUGUGGACCUCAACCCCGACAGCGACAAGAUCAUCUACUCCCAUUUCACCUGUGCCACUGACACAGAGAACAUCCGCUUUGUCUUCGCCGCCGUCAAGGACACCAUCCUGCAGCUAAAUCUCAAGGAGUACAACCUGGUGUGAGAAACACUGCAGCCCACGCACAACAUAGCGCACACAAGCACACACAUACACACUCACACACACCUGACAUGCACGCGCACGCACGUACAACAGUCAUGCACAAAUAUGUGCCAGGCUAGAUCCACCCUCCGCCCCAGUGUCCUCUUCCUGAUUUUCACUCCAGCUGGCAGAUCAGAGCCCGGCUUCCCCACAGCCUCCCAGUCUCUCCCCGCCUCUCGCUCCUCACCCAUUGCAGCGCUUGCCCCACCCGGUCACAGUUUUGAUCAGAGGUGUCUUUGCUCCUGCAUCACUGGUCAGUGUCUGAUUUGUUGCAGACUGCAGGUUUAACACUGGAAUGGGGAUGGUUUGCACCUACGAGCAGUGACGGCCAGCUGCUGGAAACUGUGUUUGGGAUGCAGGUGCUUAUUAUGGAAUGAGAGAGAAGCCGGCUUGGAAACUGGAAGGAAGGUCCCCAUCUGAGACUGGGUGGGCUGCCUGUCUGAGGGAGGAAUAUGAGAAACUUGGUGCAGACAGCAAUGUGUGAAAAUCAUUCAAACUCAUGGAGACAAAGCUGAGGUGUAGUGAAGAGAGGGAUUGUGAAGGUUGUGGGGUGCAUUUCUUCCAUGCGUCUCCCUUGGGUUAGACUUAACCUUACAUCGUUGAAUGUAACGUCAAGUGUGAGCGUAGGAAAUACACCCUCUGACCAAGCACGUGGGAGAGGCAACACACAUCAGUUUAAUCUAAGUGUAUCUUGCUGAGAAUACUUUAAACAUUUUUGAAUCAAUUUUGCUAUUGCUACUACUACUUCUACUACAAUCUGAUAAAGAAUAUUGGUCAUUAAUGCAAAUAGUGGGAGACAAGAUGGCAUAAAAUUCAUUAAAAAUAAGUAAAGACAACACAAGAAGUAAACCAGAGGAGGAGCUAUCUGAAAGCUUACAUGAUUGGUGACUUUUUGCAGAUCUGAACUCCAUUUUUUUUUUUUCUUCAACCCCCCCAUGUGGGUAAUUGAAUCUUAUAAUUUGCCAAAACGUUUUCAGGAUGGCCUCUUUGAAUUUUGCAACAUUUGACAACAGCAAAAUAUUUUAUGAAAUUCCAACUGUUCUUAUUGUAGUAUUGUUUGAUUGUUGUUGUGGAGAAAGGCUUGUGUAUACUUUGUUAUUGCCACUACACUUGAUAU